UUUAACCCGAAACAUAAAAGCGCUUGUACUCUUGAGUCUCUGCAUGAUGGCCACUCUUACUAAAGCUUUAAAACCAAUCUUUGGAGGGCGAUUGGGAAAUACAGCCAAGGUCUUUGGUACAGCAAUCAACAGCCAAAGAGAGAAAGCUACGUCCACAGGACAAAUAAUACCGCCUCCUGCCAAGUAUGGAGGUCGACACACUGUAACAUUGAUUCCUGGAGAUGGGAUAGGACCAGAGCUGCUCAACCAUGUGCGGGAACUCUUCAGGUUCAGCUGUGUUCCUGUGGACUUUGAGGUUGUCCAUGUAAAUUCUGCAUCAACCAGUGAGGAUGACAUCAACAAUGCCAUUACAGCCAUUCGACGCAAUGGAGUUGCUCUUAAGGGUAACAUUGAGACCGCUCACAACAUGCCCCCUAACCACAAGUCAAGGAACAACCUUCUCCGCACGAGUCUGGAUCUGUAUGCCAAUGUGAUGCACUGCCAGUCACUUCCUGGAGUCCAGACACGCCACAAGAACAUUGACAUCACCAUCAUCAGAGAGAACACGGAGGGCGAGUACAGCAGCCUGGAGCAUGAGAGUGUAUCUGGAGUUGUGGAAUGUCUGAAAAUCAUCACCCGGAACAACUCCCUCCGUAUCGCUGAUUACGCCUUCAAACUGGCCCGUGAGAAUGGUCGCCGCAAGGUCACGGCUGUCCACAAAGCUAACAUCAUGAAGCUUGCGGAUGGGCUGUUCUUGCAGUGCUGUAAGGAGGUGGCCUCUGGAUACCCCGACAUUCAGUUUGAUAGCAUGAUUGUUGAUAACACCACCAUGCAGCUUGUUUCCAAGCCCCAACAGUUUGAUGUCAUGUUGAUGCCUAACCUCUAUGGAAAUGUGGUUAGCAAUGUGUGUGCCGGCCUGGUGGGCGGACCCGGUCUGGUGCCUGGUGCCAACUACGGGCGAGACUAUGCUGUGUUUGAAACGGCCACCAGGAACACAGGAAAGAGCAUUGCCAACAGGAACAUCGCCAACCCCACUGCCAUGCUGCUUGCCAGCUGUCUCAUGCUAGAUCACCUUAAACUUCAUGCCUACGCCAACAUGAUUCGAGGUGCAAUCCUCACCACCAUGAAUGAGACCGGGUUACACACUCCUGACAUUGGGGGGCAGGGCACAACCUUAGAAGUGGUUCAGUCCAUCAUGAGGAUCAUCCAGAGCAGCGGCCCUCUCACUACUGAGAUCUGAGUCCGUCACUCCACCAUUGCUGGGUACUGAACAAGUCUUUUGUGAUGGGAUUUAGCAUCACAUAAACAUCAGUCCAAAGCAUUUGAAAUGCAGCGUACUUCAGCUGUGUGCUUGUGAUCAUCUUGUAGGAACUGGUUUUAGAUAUUAUAAUGGUUGUACUGGUUUUAUGCAUAUACAGUGUUUAAGGGUCUUAAAUUGGGUUCUGCUGCUCAGUUGCAUUCCACACUUUAUCCAUUUUUACAAUGUUAUCUUCAAAAUCAGUAUAUUACUUUGGGUUACUUACUGACCCUGAGUAUUACAGAUUCUUCAAUUGUGCUUUUUUUUUUUUGCAAUAUAUUUGAGUUAUUUUACGCUUCUAACUAGGUGUCACUGCCUCACAAAGUUGGACUUGCAAUCCUUUAAAUGACUUAAUAUUCCCAUAGGUAACCUCUUAUAUAUAAUACUUUACUCCUAUUUAACUUAAAAGGUGCUGGGUUGUUUCAGCCCAUGGUUGGGUCCGAUAUAGAUGUUUUAGAGGUCAAAUCAGUUGGCUAUGUCCUUAUUUUACAGCUUAUAAUUGUAUUAUUUGUGGUCUACUUUUGCAUAAACCUGUAUAAAUGUUUUCCUUUACUGUCUUGAUUUGCUGUUCUAAACUCUAUUAUUGGUUUUCGUCAUAUAUAUACAUUUUUGUUUGUAUUACUGGAAUCUUUCUGCACAUUUUAAACAAGUUUGUGUACUUUUCAUACAGAUUCUUUGAAUGGAAUAAUGAUGAUAAUUGUAAAUGAAUGUAAAGAGUUAAAACAUGGUUGCCCGGACCACCUCACGCAACUCUUUAAUGGCUCAAAAAUAAACCACAAAUAGAAAGAACAAAUGGAUGUUUUGCUUAUUACACUGUCAACUUUAAUAAACCAAGUAUCUCACAGACG